CCUGGGGUGCAGAGCCGAGGGGUGCAGAGCCCAGAGUGCCGUUCCCGGGGUGCAGUGCCCGGGGUGCAGCACUCAGGCUGCCGUUCCCGGGGUGCAGAGCUCAGAGUGCCGUUCCCGGGGUGCAGAGCCCAGGCUGCCGUUCCCGGGGUGCAGUGCUCAGGGUGCUAUUCCUGGGGUGCAGAGCCCAGGCUGCCGUUCCCGGGGUGCCGUUCCCAGGGCGCAGAGCUCACGGGCGCAGUGCCCGCGGUGCGGUUCCCGGGAUGCAGAGCUCAGGGUGCGGUGCCCGGUACCGCUCCCCCUCCGACGGGCGGGGCGGGGGCGGAGACGGCGGCUCCCGGUGAGUCUCGGCGGCGGCGGCGGCGGCUCUGCCGCUCCGGACCGGGGGGUUUGCAGCGAGCUCCGAGCCCGGGCAGGGUGCGGGUCCCACGGCAGAACCGCGGGGGGGGGGGGCGGGACGCGGGGCCGGGUCGGUGUCACCCGCUCUGCCUCGCUCCGCUCCGGAGCUGCCAUGUACCCCAGGAUCAAAAUCCUGGCGCUUUACGCCUUUUCCAUCACGCUGCUGGCCUGGGUUUUUUACAUGACGAAAGAGACGAAGUUGGCAGCAUCGUCAGCAGAAGAGAAAGAGGAUGCAGCGAACCGCAAACCGAAGCCUUCACUUCUGGACAAGGCUGAGCCCAGCAAGUGCCUGCCUAACUUGACCCUUGACAAUUCUUCUCUCGCCCUCCCAGAGCUUCACCGCAUCUUCUUAACGUACAGGCACUGCCGCAGCUUCUCGGUCCUGCUGAAGCCCUCCAGGUGUAGCAAAGAGACGUUCCUCUUGCUGGUGAUCAAAUCUUCCCCAAUCAACAUAGACCGGCGGGUGGCGAUCCGGAACACGUGGGGGAAGGAGGUCUCCAUCAGCGGGAAGAACAUCAGGCUGGUGUUCCUUCUAGGGCGUUUGGAAGCCGAAAGCCAGGUAUGGCCCCUGCACCAGCUGCUGGCUUACGAGAGCCGGGAGUUUGAUGAUAUUUUGCAGUGGGAUUUUGUUGACAGUUUCUUCAACUUGACUCUUAAGGAGCUGCAUUUCCUCCGCUGGUUCGUGGAGGACUGCCCGCACGCCAGGUUUGUGCUGAAGGGGGAUGACGAUGUCUUUGUCAACACUGAUAACAUUGUUGAGUUCCUCCAGGAACUGGACUCUGAACAGGAUCUCUUUGUUGGCGAUGUGAUUGCCUAUGCUCAGCCGAUCAGGAACAGUAGGAUCAAAUACUUCAUUCCGGAAUCCAUGUACAAAGCCCGCUUCUAUCCUCUCUAUGCGGGUGGAGGGGGCUAUGUGAUGUCUAGAGAGACAGUGCGUCGCCUCCAGAGCACUGCAGAGAACGUGGAGCUCUUCCCAAUAGAUGACGUCUUUGUGGGAAUGUGUCUGGCCAGGAUGGCGGUAACCCCAAAGAGCCAUUCUGGCUUUAAGACUUUUGGGAUCCAGAAACCUUUCAAUCCUUUUGAUCCAUGCUUGUACAAGAAGCUGAUGAUUGUGCACAAACUAAACCCAACUGAGAUGUGGAUCAUGUGGACGCUGGUAAAGGAUGACAGCAUUAGGUGUGCAGUGUCCGUGACACACAGCUAUGGAAGGGGCUGAAAAAGAAGCUACUGAUGAGCACAGUGGGAUUGUGAUACAGGGUACUUAAACAAGAAAUCAGGUUGUGGUAGAAACAUCCUCGAUUAACAGACUGUCCUUGAGCCGUAGGGGUUUGUUUUGCAGUUAGUCUUUCUCUGUCAGUGGGUUACUGAGGCAGUUGAAAUGUCACAGGGUGGGGAUGGGGCUGGUGGCUUGGUGAGACGUGGCACAGGGGCUCACUUGGUUCCUCCAGCCGGGCGGGGGCCGAGGGGAGUCCCAACUGCCACAGGGAUGUGAGUGAGGUGCCACCUGCUAUGGAGGCACCGCAGCACCGAGGCUGGUGUCUGACUGCCAGCCAAAUUCAGUCUCUUGUAGGAAAGCUGAUGAUGACUCAUGAGCCAAAGAGCACUUGAAAUUACUUGAAGGAGUGGAGGAAAGGCCAGUGUGUGCUGCUGGGUCCACUGCAGCACAACUCCACUGUCCCAGGCCAGCUAUCCCACAGCUCCUACUGCACAGCAGGAGAAAGGGAGUGGGGUAGGGCUGGGGAAGCCUCAAAAAUGUAUUUCUCUAACACAGCACGAUGAUCCAAGGGCCUGGGCUCUGACUCAAGCCCUUUGGAUUUUACAGGUUGUUACAGGUUUAUUUGCACUGGAAGCUUUUGCACAAACAGUUUUUGAUUAUGCUUGAGAGGAGCAACAUGUCUUGAAUUAACACGGUGGAUUGAAAUGUUGGGUAUAAAUAAAAUACUGUUUUGUAAAGUGUUUUCACAGGAGUAUUUUUGGGUCUCCUGAAAGCUAAGAGUAUUAAAACCCAGAGACGGCUGAGAUCUGGUGGUGAGUAUUUGCAUUAAGGAAACAUUGAUAUUAAAGAUGAUAAGGUUAGUGGAAAUGGAAACUGGCCACUUCCUUUGUUGUGAGCAGCUGCCGCUCUCUGCCUUGUCCAGACAGGAUGUAUUGAUACAGAAGCAAUUAUCUAUGAGUGCGCUGGAGCUGCUCAUUUGAGUCAAGAUCAAAAUGAGACUGAGCUUUGGUGAUAGUUUUGUGAAGCUCAUCAGCUUCAGGGUGCCUUGCUGCCAGAUCGGAAGCUGCUGUGCUGUGUGAGCAGAAAGCAGCCUGGAAGCUUCAGAACAAGAUAGUGGACGGAGAGGAAGCGUGUGAUUACAGAAAUCAGAGCAAUUGGUGGUGUGCUGUUGUCAGAGCUGCCUAGUGCCAGCUGCUCAGCGUUCGCUGCCCACCAGAUGUGAGUCAGAGCUUUCAGAGAUGCCCAGAAAGUGCUUCUGGGAUGUCCCUUGUUUGUACCGCGGAUGGAGACUGAGGACAGCCAGAGACCAGAGGUGUGGGGAGCUCCCUGGGCUGGCUGCUCUGCCUUCCAGCUGGGUGCUGCAGUGCUAUACAACCUCAGGGACGCCCGACAGUACCGCUGGUCCUUGUUUGAUCUCUUGCUGCCUUAGCUUUUAAAGCAGCAGCUGUAGUUCUAGCUUUGCCCUACAG